CGGUUUGAAUAUUUGAACGCUUGCCGGCGGGGUUGUGUGUUCUGAGAGGGAAAUUUGUCAGCAGGACAGAUGAACGUUAGAGGAACAGCUACAAGUGAAUAUUAACGUCUGCUGUGUAUAUUUGUCAGGAAUAAACAAGGUCAAUAACUUCAUCGCCAUGUCACACAAACAGAUCUAUUACUCCGAUAAAUACGACGACGGGAACUUUGAGUACAGACACGUCAUGUUACCUAAAGACAUAGCUAAACGUGUACCUAAAACACACCUGAUGUCGGAGACGGAGUGGCGCAACCUGGGGGUGCAACAGAGCCCUGGAUGGGUACAUUACAUGAUCCAUCAACCAGAACCUCACAUCCUGCUCUUCCGCCGUCCUCUGCCCACGACCAAAGCCCAGUGAUGGAAAGAAGUUGAGGAAAAAGACUCAAUACACACUGCAGAAGAUGGAAGACAAUGUGCCAUAGAAAUUGGUGUAGGUUCCUUUUGAUUUUAAGAGGAAUAUGUUCUGCUUAGGAGUUUUCCAAAAUGUUCUUACUGUUCCACACGUCUUUGCAUACGAAGAAAAUAUAGACUGUUCUCUUUUUUACUGCAUAAUUCUGGUAAGAGAGAAAGUAUCUUUAGAAAAUGCGAGCUGAGGAAGGAGCAGUCAUAGUGUGCUCUACAUUUAAACAGUGAUUUAAUCUUCUUUUUCUUUGCAUCAUUACAAAACACUUUGCAUGUUGUACUGUGAAUGUUGUACUUAUUAUUUAUGAUCUUUUAUUUUAAUAUCUACUUUAAAAAUAAAACUUUCUGAAGAA